AUGAAGGGUUUCAGUCUGCGCGCCAAGUCCGACAGCGAAGAGUGCAUCAAAAAGUACAUCAUGGCAGUACAGACGCAGUUUGACUACAACGUCAAGUUCGUUCGACACGAUGGUGCACGAGAAUUUGCGGCGAAUUCGCUCAAGGCAUUUUACGAUGAUCAAGGAAUCGAGCAGCAAGUUACCGUUCCGUAUGCGCAUCAGACCAACGGCACGGCGGAACGGGCAAUUCGGACUAUUGUGACGAUCGGGCGCAGCAUGCUUCACUACGCCAAGCUGGACAAGUGUUUUUGGGCUGAAGCAGCAAUGACGGCAAUCUACAUCAAGAAUCGCCUACCAUCGCCCUUUGUGCCAAGAUCAAACCCCGUUCGAGAUCGUCAACGGAUUUCGACCAAGUGUGAAGCACAUGCGGGUUUUCGGCUGCCGAACGUUUGUGCUGACCCCUAA